CUUGUGCCGCGUAAACGUACUUCCCAAGCCAGAUCCUCUCGUAUACCGUCUUUUCUGUCUUUGCAAAGAAGAAGCAAAAGCGACAAAAAGCAAAAUGCCGUUCCAGAGCAUCAAGGCCCGUCAAAUUUUCGACUCCCGCGGUAACCCAACCGUUGAGGUCGAUCUGGUCACCGAUCUUGGCCUGUUCCGUGCCGCCGUCCCGUCCGGUGCGUCCACUGGCGUCCACGAGGCGCUGGAGCUGCGCGACAACGAGAAGGCCAACUGGCAUGGCAAGGGUGUCCUGAAGGCGGUUGAGAACAUCAACAAGACCAUUGCACCGGCCGUUCUUGCUUCGGGUCUCUGCGUUACCCAGCAGAAGGAGCUUGAUGAACUGAUGCUGAAGCUUGACGGAACCGAGAACAAGUCGAAGCUUGGAGCUAACGCCAUUUUGGGUGUGUCGCUGGCCAUCUGCAAGGCUGGCGCAGCCAAGAAGGGAGUGCCGCUGUACAAGCACAUUGCCGAUCUGGCUGGAAACAGCAACAUCAUCCUGCCGGUGCCGGCCUUCAACGUCAUCAACGGUGGUAGCCAUGCCGGCAACAAGCUGGCCAUGCAGGAGUUCAUGAUCCUGCCGACCGGUGCUACCUCGUUCACCGAGGCGAUGAAGAUUGGCAGCGAGGUGUACCAUCAUCUCAAGAACGUGAUCAAGGCCAAGUUCGGACUGGACGCGACGGCCGUCGGUGAUGAGGGUGGUUUCGCCCCGAACAUUCUGGAGAACAAGGAGGCCCUGAACCUGAUCCAGGAUGCCAUCGCAAAGGCUGGCUACACCGGCAAGGUUGAGAUCGGUAUGGACGUCGCCGCUUCGGAGUUCCACAAGGACGGCAAGUACGAUCUGGACUUCAAGAACCCGAAGUCAGACGCGAGCGCCUGGUUGACCCCGGACGCGCUCGAGCAGCUGUACCAGGGCUUCAUCAAGGACUUCCCGAUCGUGAGCAUUGAGGAUCCGUUCGACCAGGACCACUGGGACGCGUGGAGCAAGAUCACCGCCAACACGACCAUCCAGAUCGUCGGCGAUGAUCUGACGGUGACCAACCCGAAGCGCAUCGCGACUGCGGUCGAGAAGAAGGCCUGCAACUGCCUGCUGCUGAAGGUCAACCAGAUUGGCUCGGUUACCGAAUCGAUCAAUGCGCAUCUGCUGGCGAAGAAGAACGGCUGGGGUACCAUGGUGUCGCAUCGUUCCGGCGAAACGGAGGAUACGUUCAUCGCCGAUCUCGUCGUCGGUCUGAGCACUGGCCAGAUCAAGACGGGAGCCCCGUGCCGGUCGGAGCGUUUGGCCAAGUACAACCAGAUUCUGCGCAUCGAGGAGGAGCUCGGCGCUGGCGCUAAGUACGCUGGCAAGAGCUUCCGCCACCCGCAGUAAGAUGGGGUGGUUCGAGGUGACUCGUCCUUCAUUCGCUGGCGAUAAAUGGGAACUCUCAAUGGGAGGAAGCGUCGAGCGAGCGGAACAUCAAAGCCACGCCGCUACGGGAAGGGGACGAU